AAUGAUAAAGUGAAAAGUCAUACUGUGAUCAGAACCUUAGUUGAGCGGACUCUUUAAUUUGAAAUCGUGAAAGCACUUUUCUUAAAGAAAACUAACAUAAAAAAUAUUUCAUAGAGUAGCAUUUUUGAAAAUUUUUUGAAAAUGUCUACCAGUUACUGGUACAUUGUGAUACUGAUAUUUUUCCUGCGAAGAGAAGUCGAUACAUAUCGAGUAUUAGGUGUCUUUCCUUUGAAUUUUCGGAGCCACUUCAUCUUCUUCGAAUCAAUAAUGAGAGGUUUAGCAAGAGAAGGGCAUCAAGUUGACAUUAUCAGUCACUAUGAACUCACAAACCCGCCAAAAAAUUAUAAAACAAUUAUCAAUUUGGCAAAAUUAGACUAUCCCUAUCCCACAACCAAAUUUGAAACAAUUCAAAAAGCAAUUGAUGCGAUCAAAGACCCAGUAAAACAUCUCACCGAAGUUUACGGAAUUAAGAUGUGUCCACUUCUGGGUCACCAGAAGAUGCAAGAUUUUAUUCGAAAACCUCCAAAAGAUACACCCUAUGACGUCAUCAUUGUACAGGGAUACACGAUAAGUUGUUUCAACGGACUUGGUCGUGUCUUCAAUGUGCCUGUUAUAACUGCUACCCCCACUCUGGAAUUCCCAUGGAUAAGUCGUCAAAUUGGAAAUCCUUUUUCAACAGCUUUUUUCUCUACAUUAUUCAUGAUGAAAGCAGAGAUCAAAACAUUUUGGGAUCGCUUACAUAAUACUGUACAAACUCAUGUAGCCUUAUACAGAUUUUUCUCUCGUACUGAUGACACCCAUACUGAAGCAAUGCGAAAAUUUUUGAGCACUGAUAUGCCAACAAUCCGAGAAAUUGAAAAAGAAGUGGCUUUGAGUAUAGUGAAUUCUCAUUAUACACUUCAAGGGGUUAGGCCAAACACUCCCGCUAUCAUAGAAGUUGCAGGAAUACAUAUAGAAGAAGAUAACUCUACUCUCAACAUGGACUUAAAACGAUGGAUGGAUGAAAGUAAAAGUGGCGUCGUCUACAUCUCAUUUGGAACUGUAGUGCCCAUAGAAUCACUUUCAAAGACAACACUGUUAGGAAUGUAUAACUCUUUUUCGAAAAUAGCACCCAUUAGAGUAUUAAUUAAAGCAGCAGAAGGAGAAAAUCUUCCUCUUGGACUUCCAAAAAAUGUCAAGACUAUGACCUGGAUACCACAGAUAGCUGUCCUAAAGCAUAAUAACACGAGAUUGUUUAUGACACAUGGUGGCGUGCAUGGUGUUCAAGAAGCUGUCUAUUUUGGGAUACCUGUAAUUGGUGUUCCAUUAUUUUUCGACCAGAUGAAAAACGUAAAUAUAUUAGUUAGCAAAAAAAUGGGUGUGCAAUUAAAUUACAAUGAAAUCACAGAAGAUUCUUUGGAUGCGGCAUUAGGAAAAAUAUUGAAGAAUCCUAAGUACAGAGAAGCUGCAAAUUACCAGUCGAGACUUUUUCGGGAUCGUCCACUUAGUGCUACAAAAACAGCAACCUAUUGGAUAGAAUACAUCCUAAAACAUGGAGCCCAAUCUUUGCGCUCACCUGCUAUCGAUUUGUAUUGGUGGCAGGCAGAACUUCUAGAUGUUUAUUUAUUUUUGCUUUUUUGUGUAAGUUUAGUUUCCUAUGUUAUUUCAAUCAUCUUUAACAUUGUACUCAGGAAGCUUUCAAGGAGAAAUCUUAAGAUUCAAUUAAAAAGAGAUUAGAAAAAUCAUUAUUUCCUAAUAUCCGUAUUAC